AAAUAUGUAUAUAAGCAGUAAAAUUAAAUCUCCCAUCCACCAUCAAUGCAUUCAACCUAAUCCUCUCAACCAGACAAAUGAAAUAGGUCAUCCUAUCAAGAUUUUACAGUACUGAACAUGGAUAAAAUCUUGAUUCUAGCAAUUUUUUGGUUCAGAUUGAUUGUUACUGAGGCUGCAGUAAGUGUAGGUGGCGGCAUUGGCGUUGGAGUUGGAGGCAGUGGCGGCGGCGGCGGCGUUUGGGUGGGUGGAGGUAUCAGCACCGGUCCAAAUACUCCUCCAGCCGGUGCUCCACAAGUGUCAAAACUCAAUGCGGCAUACAUUGCUCUUCAGGCCUGGAAAUCUGCAAUUACUGAUGAUCCAAAUGGGAUUUUGAAGACAUGGGUUGGCUUAAAUGUGUGUGCUUAUAAAGGGGUUUUUUGUGCAGAUUCUCAAGAUUAUAUGGGAAGAUCAACUGUCCAAGUUGUGGCUGCCAUAGAUCUGAACCAUGCUGAUCUUCAAGGAGUUCUUGUUAAACAACUCUCUGCACUUACAGAUUUGUCUCUUUUUCAUCUCAACAGUAACAGAUUCAGUGGCACUGUCCCUGAAUCUUUUAAAGAGUUCACAUCUCUCACUGAAUUAGAUCUCAGUAACAACAGAUUCUCAGGCCCUUUUCCUAUUACAGUUCUUUACAUUCCAAAUCUCAAGUAUUUAGACCUCAGAUUCAACAGUUUUUCAGGGCCAGUUCCUGAUGAUCUCUUCAACAAACAACUUGAUGCAAUUUUCUUGAACAACAAUCAAUUUGAUUCAGAACUUCCACAGAAUUUAGGCAACUCUCCAGCUUCUGUCAUCAAUUUGGCUAACAACAAAUUCUGUGGGAACAUCCCUUUCAGUUUAGGCUACGUGGGUUCUCAAGUGAAGGAAAUCUUGUUCCUAAAUAAUCAACUAACAGGUUGCAUUCCAGAAGGUGUUGGAUUAUGGAGUGAUUUACAAGUUCUUGAUGUGAGUUCAAAUUCAUUGAUGGGUCAUUUGCCUGACUCCAUAUCAUGUUUGAGCCAAAUUGAAGUGUUGAAUUUGGCCAACAACAAGCUCUCUGGGGAAUUACCAGAUUUGGUUUGUGAAUUGAGAAGCUUAUUGAAUUUGACAGUGUCAUCCAAUUUCUUUUCUGGGUUUAGUCAAGAUUGUGCCAACUUGAACAUAGGAUUUGACUUCUCAUACAAUUGUAUUCCUGGGAAAGAGAUGCAAAUUUUUGGGGGGGCAAAACAGAUUAGUAUUGGCUGUCUAUCAUUAAUUGAAAGAAGUAAUGAUGUAGACCUUCCCCAUUUAUUGGUUUUGCUUUCACAAAAUUCUGUAAUAUUAGGCCUUCUGGAUAAGAUAUGCCAGCCAAAAGUUUGCAGUGGUCUAAAACAAUCCUGGCAAGCAUAUACGAAAAAUAAUAAAAGUUUUUCUAACGGUAGUAUUGAAGUCAACUGUCACAAUUUGGGAUGGAAAAAGAUGGAGAUAUUUGUGUAA